AUGGAUACCAUUGACUCUGAUUCCGCAGGCUGCCCACUGGUUCAAAAUGUGAUUCAUAAUGAAGUGAAGUCUGAGAGGCCAAGGGUGAUAUCUAAGAGUGGACAUAGCAAUGUCAAGAUUGAUAAAGUGGAGGGUGUCUUCUUUCUGUACCUCCAAGACUUGUGGACCACUGUUAUUGACAUGAAAUGGAGGUAUAAGCUGACCUUGUUUGCGGCCACCUUCUUCCUGACAUGGUGCUUUUUUGGAAUCAUAUAUUUUGUGAUAGCAUUAAUUCAUGGAGAUGUCAACAUUGAACCAAAUACAAACCAUACUCCAUGUGUAAUGAACGUUGACUCCUUUACUGGUGCCUUUCUCUUUUCUCUGGAGUCACAGACCACAAUUGGUUAUGGAUUUCGCUUCAUUACUGAAGAGUGCCCUGUUGCUAUCCUCUUACUUGUGGCCCAACUGGUCCUGACAACUUUAAUAGAAAUUUUCAUUACUGGUACAUUCCUUGCCAAAAUUGCUAGACCUAAAAAGAGGGCUGAAACCAUUAAAUUCAGCAACAAGGCUGUGAUCACAAAACACAAUGGAAAGACAUGUUUGGUAGUACAGGUGGCCAACAUGAGAAAAAGCUUGCUGAUACAAUGUCAACUCUAUGGUAAGCUGCUUCAUACCUAUGAGACCAAAGGGAGAAGAUCUUGCUAA